UAGUUUCUUAUUGGAUUUCAAACCGGACGCUUCGUGCACGCGUCGCUCCACUCUCGCACACACACCCACACCGCGCUGGCAUUGAUAUACAUAUACACACACACGACGCCCAAGUUCGUGUGCUGUUGUUGUUGUGUGGUGGUGCGAUUAAAUAAUACUCCACAAAAGGCCAAACAAAUUACAUAAAAUCGGAAUCAAAAUAAGUGUCUCCGUGUUGUGUUCAAAGUAUAACCGAUUGUUUUCAUUAGUCAAAAUAGAAUAGUAAAUUGUAUAAAAGUGAAUAAGUUCCUACAAAAAAAACAUUCACACACACAUAUACAGCGUCUUGUUUCUUAUAAAUUUUUCCACUGCGUCGGAAUUAUCGCUUUAAAAGUUGUUGUUAUUGUUGUUCGAUUUGGCAAAUUCCUGUCAAAUAUCUGUGUUUUGUUUCAACAAACAUAUAUAUGCUACGUGAGAUUAUUAAUUUGUGCAAAGCAAAAGGAAAAAACCGAGAAGGUUGAAAAAUUAAAACGAGCAAAUAAAUAAAAUUAAAACCCACACGCACACACAUAGAUGCAAAGCACGCGCAGAGCCGAAAAAAUACGCGCGCUUUAUUGAGAGUGUGUGUGUGUACGCUAGCUGGCUGCUCUUCUUCCUGCGUGUGCCCAUUGGAAUUUGUACCCCAAAUCGCAAUUACAACAUACACAAACAGAGAGCGCCCGCCUGCCAUCUCGCUCUCUCGCCCGCCUAGUACGCAGCCAGGAGAGAGGAGUAGAGAGAGAGAGAGAAAAAGAGCUCCAAGUUUUGUAAUCGUUGAUGCCCAAGGCGCUUAAACAUUAACGGUACACAGCAGCAGCUUCAAUCGCCAAGCGGUGCGAGCGGAAUCGCAGCGGCCGCUGUAGUCUCGGUGGCAGCCGCCUCGAGCAGCAGCAACACAACAGAUUGCAGCGACAACUGCAGGAACGGCAUCGAGCAGCAGCAGUUCAACAUUGCUGCCACCACAGCAACAUCGGCGACAGCGGCAACAAUGCCGGCUAUGGCCAAGGAGAAAGCCUCAGCACCAGUGUCCUUGGGCGAGUCGAAUUACAGGGAUCUGAACCUGAAGGAGUUGGCCGUGGUCGUUGGAGCCAUGGCGGCCACAACAACGCGCCUGCACCAUCAGCACACUUGCGGCUGCGGAGCAGUGUCGGCGGCGUCAGGCCCUGAGAACAACAACAACAGUCGCUACGGCAGCAGCAAGUAUCUGAGUAAUGGCCACACUUCGCCUUUGGCAGCAGCGGUUGCCAGCAACAGUUCGUCGGUGGCUACCACGCCGCAGUGCAGCAAGUUGAGUUGUCUGGAGCCGAAGGAGCUACUGGGCAUGUUGCAGCAGCAGCAGCAGCAACAGCAGCAGCAACAGCAGCAGCAGCAGGCGCAACAACAGCAGCAACAGCAGCAGCAGGCGCAACAGCAGCAACAGCAACAGAAUCCAGCGGCAAGAAGGUCGCCAAACGAUUUCAUUUUCGGACGUUACAUUGGCGAGGGCAGCUAUAGUAUGGUGUACCUGGCCGUGGACGUUUACUCGCGCCGCGAGUUUGCAAUCAAAGUAUGCGAGAAGCGGCUGAUCCUGCGCGAACGGAAGCAGGACUACAUCAAGCGGGAGCGCGAGGUGAUGCAUCAGAUGACCAACGUGCCCGGCUUCGUGAACCUGUCGUGCACUUUCCAGGACCAGCGCUCCCUCUACUUCGUGAUGACUUAUGCGCGUAAGGGCGACAUGCUGCCGUACAUAAACCGCGUGGGCAGCUUUGACGUCGCCUGCACGCGACACUACGCCGCUGAGCUCCUGCUGGCCUGCGAGCACAUGCACCGCCGCAACGUGGUGCACCGUGACCUUAAGCCUGAGAACAUCCUGCUCGACGAUGACAUGCACACGCUGAUCGCCGAUUUCGGAUCUGCCAAAGUAAUGACGCCCCACGAAAGAAUACUGGCCACGGAGCACUGUUCAGGGCAGCGGCGCAAUCACUCGGACGACGACGAUGAAGACAGCGAUCGGCUGGACAACGAGGACGACGAAUACUACGACCGCGAUUCGGAGGAGUUGGACGACGGCGAAGGCGAGGGUGACGAGGAGCAGCAGCAAGACGAGAUGGACUCGCCGCGCCACCGUCAGAGGCGGUACAACCGUCACCGCAAGAACAGCUUCGUAGGCACAGCUCAGUAUGUUUCGCCGGAGGUUCUCCAAAACGGACCAAUAACUCCAGCAGCUGACCUUUGGGCACUUGGCUGCAUCAUCUACCAGAUGAUCGCCGGCCUUCCGCCAUUCCGCGGCAGCAACGACUAUGUCAUAUUUAAGGAGAUUCUUGACUGCGCCCCGGAUUUCCCGCCGGGCUUCGACAAGGACGCUGAAGAUCUGGUGCGUAAGCUGCUUCGGAUCGACCCCCGCGAUCGUCUGGGAGCCCAGGAUGAGUUUGGAUAUUAUGAGAGCAUUCGGACGCAUCCGUUUUUCGCCGGCAUCAACUGGCUGACACUACGUCAACAGACCCCGCCUCCCAUUUACCCAUACCUGCCGGGCGUGAGCCAGGACGAGGACUUCCGGUCCAGCUACAUUGUGCCUGGCGAUUUGGAGCCUGGUCUUGACGAGCGGCAAAUAUCUCGACUGCUUAGCGCUGAACUGGGCGUUGGCAGCAGUGUAGCCAUGCCCGCCAAGCGAUCAACCGCCAAGAACUCUUUUGACCUGAGCGAUGCCGAGAAGCUUCAGCGCCUCGAGCAGCAGAAGACUGACAAGUGGCACGUGUUUGCCGACGGAGAGGUAAUCCUCAAGAAGGGUUUCGUGAACAAACGUAAGGGCCUGUUUGCCCGCAAACGAAUGCUCCUGCUGACAACCGGACCGCGGCUCAUUUAUAUCGAUCCCGUCCAGAUGAUCAAGAAGGGCGAGAUACCAUGGAGCGCCGAUCUGCGAGCAGAGUACAAAAACUUCAAGAUCUUCUUUGUCCACACGCCAAAUCGCACCUAUUACCUGGACGAUCCGGAGGGCUACGCCAUCCACUGGUCGGAGGCCAUUGAGAAUAUGCGCAAGCUGUCGUACGGUGAAGCCUCCACAUCCGCAUCCGCAGCUUCCUGCUCGAGUGGCAGCAGCAAUAGUCUAGCUGUCACCUCGAACUCCUCUGCCGCCUCCUCAAGCAGUUCACCCACGGCGCGCCGCAGCUCGCCCGUGAACGCGCCUCCAUCGUCGACGGCGUCCGACACAAGAGCAUUGAGCAACAGCAGAACAGGAACGACGCCGCGCAAGAAAACGGCAUCGAAGUGAACGUAACCCUAGUUCUAGCAAUGUGAAAUUAAAUUAUAAUUUAGAUGAAAUUUAGUGCAAAAGAAGCGAUACCGGGAGGGAAUAGAAGUAAGCAUAGCAGUACAGUAGGCGUAGGUGAUAAAGAGAAACUAAUGAUCGAGUCUCUAGUGCUAAUUAGAACCCAAUUUCUGUUUUUCGUUUCAUAUUGUGCUUAGGGCGGAGAAUACAAUACUAACCUAAACUAAUCUAAUCUAAAGUAAAGAACAUCAAUAACGGCUAAGUAAAUUCAAUUUGAAACUUAAAUUAAAUAUUUAUAUACAACAUACAUGAAUACCAUCAUGUUCGUAUUUAGUGGGUAGUUAGUCACAAUUUAAAUAAAUUACCGAACUAGGAUCAUCGGAUCGACGUGCUGAUCAGAUCGAUUAGAACGGACAGGCAAAGUGGAAUUCUGGGCCUAAACGUCGUAAACUAAUAAAGUAAGCGAGAAGCCGCAUUGAAUUCGUGGAUUACUAGAAAAUGUGUGUAAACUGUAUAAGUAUGUAUAUGUAUAUGUACGUAUAUAUAUGUAUGGUAUAUCUGGAGAAGUGGGACUUUUGUUUCUGUAUUAUAGUGGCAAAAAGAUCAUGUAUCUGUUAAUGUAAAUUUUGUAAACAAAUGUAACUAUGUAAAGAACAAUAUUAGCUAUAACAGCGCACGGCAGAAAGAGCCUUAGAUAGUGGGAAGGAGGUGGAAGUAAAGCAGGCCGAUACCAAUCGGCGCUUUGCAGCUCCACUGCUCAGUUUUCUAGUUAAUUCUAAUCUAAAGUUGUACGCUAAUUGUCAUUAUGUACCAUUGUCAUUAUGCUUUUCGUUUACCUUAUUGCCCUAUGAAGAAAUGUAUAAGACUUGAGCUACUCUAAUUGUAAUGAAAGAACGAAUUUCGAAUUUGAUUUAAUUUUUAUUUUGUAAGGGCCGCCUCUAGAAACUCAGCAGUACCAAGUUUGUCAAGAUAUCACGGUCAUUGGUCAUUGGUCAUUGGUCAUUUGUCAUCUGUCAUUUGUAACCACCCCUUCAAUUGAGUGUGUAACAAGUCUUAUACAAUGUUUAGUGUAUACUAGAUUUAAGACAGACUGGGAAAAGUUUCUAAAACUCGCGCGUAUUAGUUAAAUUUUGCAAUCAUCUAAGUUGCGCCCACUACUUCUACUACUAGUUCACGCCCAUCCCCCAUCUUAGCCUUUAAGCUAUAGAAAUCUAAGUAAUAAGCAGAGGUGUAGAGUAAGGAACCGAAGUUGAAAGAAAGCAAAAAAUACAUUUUGUACAUACAUAUCGCAUAUUGCAGCGGCUACCGGCCGCGGCAGUCGAUAAAAAUCUAUACCUAAUUUAAUUUCUUUGUAACUCCUAAGUAAAUUAUUUUUGCUAACCUUAAGUAAAUUAAAUGUAAUGCAAGAUGCAAACCACACACACUUACAUAAGUAUACAAUUAAUUAAAUUAAACGAAAAUUACGAUUUAUUACAAGCUGUCAUAGAACGGAGAGCCACUAAUAGUGAGAGAAACCUGUAAAAUAAAUAUUUAAACAAAUUA